AUGCUGGCAAAGGGGAAACCGGAAGCCUGGAGAGGCCUCAUCGUUGGGCACGGCGGCACUGCUGAGCAGCAUGGUGGCGUUCUCGUCACUGAAACCAACCAUCGAAAGGUUCCUACGCGGCCGAAGAAGCAGUCGCGGCUCGGUGAAGCACCAGGAAUGCCGUCGGCCGUCGCGUCGGGCAGCACCCCAGCCGCUGCGACGACUUCAGCCCCGUUGGUGUUCCCGAGAGGGCUGCCGAUGGAGUACAACUACCACGAGAGGAAGUUCUACGUGCGCGACUGCUACUCUACCGACUACAAGAUAGUGGUGAAGCUGCUGUGCCGCCGCCAGACGGAAGUGGUGACGGUCACCGGAACGCCAGGUGCGAGCUGA